UUUCAAGAAUACUAAUUACUUACGUUUUUAUCGCACCUUAAACUGUGUUUUUCGUGAUAACAACUCGCACACGUUUCACGAAUAUCUAUCUUGACACGAGGCAGUAGUUCUGUUAUCUUAAAAAUUAUUAUAGAUAUAGAUAGUCACAUUUCCAUGGCUAUAAUAAUGUUUAACAGCUACCAUCAGAAAUAGAACGAUUUUCAUAAACCAUAGAAGAAAAUGUCAUGCAUAUGUUCAUGAAUGUCUCAUCACCUAAACGACAGACAUUUAUAUUAUAUUAUUUCAUGAGAAAUUUUAUACUUGAACUAUCACUCAAACGAUGAAGCCAAAAACAGUAUAAAAACAAGACUAAUGUCUUACGUCGUACCAUAAGAAUAACAGAAAUAAAUAAUGAGAGUGAUCGUGAUUAUGUUAAGUUCGUUAUGCAUCUUGAUGAAAACUGGAGAAUGUGUCCAAGAAUUGCAAUUAUUGCAGAUCAUAUUUGCUCAUAAAACGUAUGCUCCAAUUUUCGAUUUGAUAUACAACAACGAUACCGAUUUACCGAGCAGUUUAACUUAUGAAUAUUUUAAUACUGCUCCGCUCAGCAUGCCCAAAACUGGCAUGCUUAACAUGUACAAUCUAGGAGUUCAUUUACGCGAAACGUACGAUGAAUUUUUGGGCGACGUUUAUAAGAGCGAUACGAUGAAAAUGCGAACGGCCGAGUAUCCGCUAUCGAUGAUCUCCGGUCAAUUAGUGAAUGCGGGUCUUUGGCCUCCGGCGGAAAAUCAAAAAUGGAGCACUGAUAUGAACUGGCAACCAAUACCUACGGAUUAUGAGCUUAUGCAGAAAGACGCAUUGCUGCUCGGAACGCAGUGUCCACGAUUUAUUAUCGAAAUGAAUAAAGUGUUGAGAAUGGAACAGAUGAGGGAACGAUGGUCGGGUCAUUUAAAUAUGUUCGAUCACAUCUCCCGGUCGACCGGAAUGAAAAUUCGGCAACCAUCAGACGUGGCUCUCUUAUACGCCGUCCUCGAAACGAAAGCAGAUCUGAAUCAGUCGCUUCCGCAAUGGGCGCAAGACAUUUUCCCCGACGGAGGGAUGUACAAUAUCUCGUUGUUAGAGUACGACCUCCUUUGGCAAACCUCGUUGCAGAAACAACUGAACGGGGGAACGAUACUAAAAGAAGUGUUAGCGAACUCGCUGUCGUAUAUCGAUAAAACGAUCCCAAAGGAACGAAAGCUUAUGAUCUAUAGUGGAAACGAUAGAAAUAUCGUUGGCGUUUUGAAAGCGCUGAACUUGUGGUCGCCACACAUUCCCAACGAGGCUGCAUCCAUUAUUUUCGAAUUAUAUUUCGACAGCGAAACAGGAGAUCAUGGAAUCAAGGUAAAUUAUUAUACAGGAGUGUAUGGUACAACUAUCCCUUUGACAAUACCGAAUUGUACAGAGAUCUGCCCUAUUAAAACGUUUUUGUAUUCGGUGAUGGAUGUGUUACCGCGGAACGCGGAGCAGUUAUGUAACUGGCAGAAGAUUAAUCUCUCGGAUACACAUACAAUAAUGUUGGACAAUAUUAUACACAAUGGAUCUGGUUCAUUGACGAAAAGUGUUAUUACGCUCAUUAUUUUAUGGGUGAUUAUUAUAACUGUGCAAUAAUUAAUUUAUAUUUUCACUGUCACGAAUCUCAAGAUUUUUAAUAAAUAAUCUCGGCGCUCUUCGUAAAAUAACGCGUUGAAUUCUCUGAGCGAUCUACUAUAGCUUUUAAAUAAUUUUUUAUAAAAUAGGAUAGUCAAAAAGUUAUGUAUAAGGAUAAUUUUAUUUCUACAGGCUAUUUAAAU